AUGAAAGGACUGAACCCUCUAUCUGGAGAGAAGAACAUCACCUCUCCCAGUGGAGGAGGAGACAGGACAGAGGGGAGGAACAGGAACCACGUUCACCGCAGGGAGCUGGAGAGGAACGAGAUGGAGGGAGACCUGGAAACUCUGGACUGUUCGAAGGUCCAGUGUCUGAAGAUCCGGUGUCAGGUGGGCCGUGUGGAGAGAGGUCAGAGUGCUAUCCUCUACAUCCACUCCAGACUUGGGGUGGCCACCUUCCUCAAGACCGAGAGCCAGAACCGAUCGUUCACCGUGAGAUCCUCCGCUUCCUUCAGCGUCAUAGAGAUGCCUUAUAACAAGAAGCUGGUGUAUGAGCUGCCCUCCAACACCACUACGGUGAGUAUGUCGGUGAUCUGGGUGAAAUCUGAUCCUGAACCUGUCCCUUGGUGGGUGGUGACCCUGGCCCUGAUCGCAGGACUACUGCUGUUGGCUUUACUCAUCUUCAUCAUGUACAAGCUGGGUUUCUUCAAGCGCGUACGCCCGCCCCAGGAGGACGCCACGGAGAAGGAGCAGCUAGCACCGCAGGAGAACGGCGACCGGAACACUGACGCUUGAAAGACCCGAGGGCCCCAAGGGGCUUCAACACAAGACCCUGUGGAGCUGUCUGUAAAUACACAAACUGAUAACCCUGCUGUCCGAAUAGGCUCCCUGUGUAGGGUACUACUUUGGACCAGAAUGCACCAGUACACACAGACAGUCGUCUACUCUUUAUAAUCACACCGUGUAUCUGCAUCCUAAAUCCCUCGCAGCCCUGCUACUCCCGUGUACAUGUCUGCAUAUAUUUAGAAGAAAAAAAACACUUAACGUGGAUGGGAGGAGAAAAGAAAAGUGAUUUGAUAUUAAAUUAAAUGUUUAUCAUGUUUGAAAGGACUCCGCGCUCUUCUUCUGAUUAUUGUUCUGCGUCUUUAGUGCGGCGGACUUUUCAGUUCAAUGAAUUGCUGCAACGGAUGUGAAUACGAGGAUGAUAUGAGGUGUGAGAGUUAUCAAUAACGAUGCUUAUCUAUUGUCAUGAAUGACAGUACAUGACAUGGAUUGGGAUGUGUUGAAGUCGUUUCUGGUGUGUACCUAUUGUUGAGAGUAUUUUAUGUUCUGUUAUGCUUCUGCAAUUGAUGACAUUCCCGGGCAAUUUUUUCACUCCAGAUACAGGAUUAUACGUAGUGACGUGCGCAUACAAAUCACACGUCACUGUGGUGUAAAUGGACAAUUAUAUGUAUAGAAGGAUAAAGAAUGGAUUUACCCAUAUUGGGUAAUCAACGUGGAACUUACAUUUGUUAGCAUCGGAGCACUAUAGUAUCUAAUCAGACAUUACCCUCUCAGCCACUGCUUCAUCUGUUUCUUCACACUUUCGGUUUCAUUAUUUAUCUUGAUGCAAGUUUGAUGUUACAGACUAGUUGUGAUUUUACACCUGUUCAUAAUUUUUGUUUUUGUUUUAAAGACAAUAUUGGAAAUGGGUUUGUUUUCCUUCCCCUACAUUUCUGGUUGAGCUGACGAAGUUUAAAAUCUUUCCUAAAUUAAAAAUAUCUAAAAACCAUUAAAA